UUGAACGUUGUCAAUGAAAGCAGAGUUCAAAGUACGAAUUACCAAUUAUUUAUAUUUUGCGUCUUCUGUUAAAUGAUUUAUUGCAUGUUUAUGUUUACGAAAUGCAAAAAGAAACUACAGUUGCAAUUGUAGCAGCUGCUACAGGUAUUGCAAUCGGCGCAAGUAGUGUGAUUAUUUAUCAAAGAUUCACAAACGUGCCGUUGUCAAUAGGAGUUACGGGUAGCGUAAGUGGCAGUGCCAAUGAUUUUCGGGCACUCACGUCGUCCCUGGACGAUGUGAAGCGUGAGCUUAAAGAACUACGCACUGUAAUCCAAGGACCAAGUCGCCAAAGCAGUGGUAUUUUUCCACGAGCCAGAACACAUUCUGGUUAUUUACCGUCUCACUCGGCAGCAAUUGUCAGUAGUGAAGAUGAGGAAGAUUUUUUUGAAGCUAUCGAUGGGGAGCUGGUUGGCACCUGGCGCUCUGAGUCGGAUGUCGUCGACGGGUCUGCGAACGGACUCGUUGAGAGUGCCGCUGUUCAGCUAUUUGUCAGCGUCGAUCAGCUGAUGGAUGGAAAUGCAGAGCAGAAGAUCAAAGCAUAUCACAUUCUCUACGAAGUAAAGUCGCAGUAUUCCAAAGAUCACGAAUUUCUCUGGCGUUUGGCAAAAGCUACACACUUAUAUGCUCAAAUCGUAGGUGAGAGGUCUGAUCAGGAACAGAAAAAGCAGUUGGCAUAUAAAGCAAACGAGUAUGCUUGUGCUGCAUUAGAACUUAGGAGUAAUUCAGCUGAUGUACAUAAAUGGUGCGCAGUGACUUUAGGAAGUUUAAGUGAUUAUGUUGGGACUCAGCAAAAGAUCAAAAAUGGCUAUCAGUUCAAGGAGCACUGUGAGAUAGCACUCAAAUUGCAGCCAAAGGAUUCUUUAGUCCUUCAUCUCCUAGGACGUUGGUGCUAUUCGGUGGCCAUGCUGACAUGGUUUGAAAAGAAAGUUGCUAACACUUUGUUGGGUGCACCAAUUGAAUCCUCGGUGGCAGAGGCCAGAAACUAUUUCCUCAAGGCAGAGGAGAUCCAACCAGAAUCCUGGAAAGAGAACCUUCUCUACAUUGCUAAGUGCUAUGCAGCAGAAUAUGACUACAAAAAUGCAGCAGAUUGGUUGGAAAAAGCCUUCAACAUGCCAAUUAAUGAUACCGAUGAUGAAGUUGCUCACAAUGAAAUUGAGACAUUACUCAGCAAAUACAGGUAAUCCUACAUUUUGUCACCAGGUGGCAGGACCGAUCAGACUGAACAAUAUUAAUUUGUCUGCACGUACAUAAAAUAGCCAGCAGCAGUAAAUUCUUAUGGUGCACAUCUACCUUUAAAAAUCUCAUAAUUAUUAAGGCUGUCUUCGGUACUUGUGAGUAAUUUUUGCUUAGGUUCUAUGCUAAAAAUAAAUGCAAAAUCAUAAAAACAAGGUUGUGACCACAGUUACAAAUAUCAAGGCAUGCUAAGCGUUUAUGCACUGAAAGUAGUAUAGGUCAUUAAUUUGUACAUAAUUGUCAUUUACUGCUGUUUAUGUUGUUGUUAGACUGGGUGUAUACGAAUACGUGUGUAGCUCUGCUGUAUAUGUUUUCGUCUAAGUAAGUGUGGAAGAUUUGUUGCUGGCAGAUUUUGUAGCUGUUAAUCAACACUUAAUUUUAUGAAUGCAGAAUAUUGUUUGUUACUUAUUUCUAUGGCUGGCGCACGGAGCAUGCAUCUGUUAUUUGUUAGCAAGCUCCCAUGCUCUAAUGAGUAGGAUGAGGGUCAUUUACUGACCUAAUGCUGACUGACUAAUUCAUAUUGGCUUAAAACUACAUUCCUUCCUGUUGCUGUAUCUUGUAAUCGUAUAUAAAAACGUGCAUUAUCAGUUUCGUUAAUCGUCAUGUAAAAAAUGUAACUUGUGUUUGUAUGAAAUUUUAUAUAAUUUAUAAUGAACUUACUCAUUCACUGUUUUAUCACGUCAAUAAACUUGACUUCUCAGCGUUUCUGUUACAUAAAUUA